AUGGCGCCAAAACAAAUUCCGUUGGAUGUCACUGAAGCCGAAGCUGGAUCUAGUUGUAAAAGUGCGUGGGAUUACAACAACGACAAAUGGACAGUUCCAUUUUACUGUCCUCGCUUGACCGAUGAUUCUGACGAGCGUUACUGCUGUAACCCAGGAAGACUUUACCAGAGAUGCUGCACGUAUUAUGAAUAUUACGGACAUGAUGAAUAUUUAGGUCUAAGCGUGGGUUCUAUUGUUGGCAUAGCCAUUGGAUCCUUGGUCUUCAUUGUGGCCGUGAUUGUUAGCAUCAUCGUGUGCCGUGUGCGCUGCGUUAAGGCUGCGGCUACGCCUACCCAUCAUCCGGUCACCAUGCACACUGUCAGUAUGCCUCAGCAGCCAGGAUUGGUGACCGUUCCGCAGCCAGCGGCACCUGGCUAUUACUACCCUCCAUCCACCCAGUCUGUACCGCCGCCUAACUACGCAGCCCAGCCGGCCCAACAACCACCCUUCCUGGCGAUAACCCCGCCUACCAAAAGUACUAGUCAUUGAGCUACGUGGCGUAACGGCCACCGAUCUCUGUGCUUGCAGACCAGUAAAUAGACCUCAGUGAUAAUAAAACGCACUUACAAAAAUUAUCAAAAACACUGCCAACUCUCCAA